AAUAACGAAAUGGUGGAACUACAGAGGAUACGAAUGAAAGAUGAAAUUCGAGAGUACAAGUUUCGAGAGGCGAGACUCCUCCAGGACUACACUGAGCUUGAAGAAGAAAACAUCACUUUACAGAAACUGGUGUCCACACUGAAACAGAAUCAAGUUGAAUAUGAAGGCUUAAAGCAUGAGAUUAAACGAUUUGAGGAGGAGACAGUGUUGCUUAAUAGUCAGCUAGAAGAUGCCAUCCGGCUGAAGGAGAUUGCUGAGCAUCAGCUGGAGGAAGCUCUGGAAACUUUAAAAAAUGAAAGAGAGCAAAAGAACAAUCUGAGGAAGGAACUCUCCCAGUAUAUCAACCUCAAUGAUAGUAUGUAUAAUAACCAUAUUAAUAUAUCAGUAGAUGGAUUGAAGUUUGCAGAGGAUGGGAGCGAGCCCAACAAUGACGACAAAAUGAAUGGACAUAUCCACGGGCCUCUCGUGAAGCUCAACGGUGACUACCGAACUCCCACGAGUAGGAAAGCAGAAUCUCUGCACCCUGUCUCUGACCUCUUCAGUGAGCUCAACAUAUCAGAAAUACAGAAACUGAAGCAGCAACUCAUGCAGGUGGAGAGGGAGAAGGCCAUUCUCCUGGCCAACCUGCAGGAGUCUCAGACACAGCUGGAGCACACCAAGGGAGCCCUGACCGAGCAACACGAGCGAGUCCACAGGCUCACGGAGCACGUCAACGCCAUGAGGGGACUGCAGAGCAACAAGGAGCUGAAAGCUGAGCUUGACUGUGAGAAGGGCCGAGACACCGGUGAGGAAGCACACGACUAUGAAGUGGACAUCAAUGGCUUGGAGAUCCUAGAAUGUAAAUACAAAGUAGCUGUUACUGAGGUGAUAGACCUUAAAGCAGAAAUCAAAGCCUUAAAGGAGAAAUAUAAUAAAUACGUGGAAAACUACACUGAAGAGAAGGCCAAAUAUGAGAGCAGAAUCCAGACGUACGAUGAACAGGUGACAAACCUGGAGAAGUCGACCAAGGAAAGCCAGGAAAAAAUGGUCCACAUGGAAAAGGAAUUGCAAAGGAUGACAAGCAUAGCAAAUGAAAACCAUAAUACCCUCAACACCGCCCAGGAUGAGCUGGUGACGUUUAGCGAGGAGCUUGCUCAGCUCUACCAUCACGUCUGCCUGUGCAACAACGAGACACCAAACAGGGUCAUGUUGGACUAUUACAGGCAAAGCAGAGUCACCCGCAGCGGGAGCCUGAAAGGACCGGACGACCCUCGAGGUCUCCUUUCCCCGCGGCUCGCCAGAAGGGGGGUGGCGUCCCCCGUAGAAGCCAGGACCCCGACUGAGCAGGUGACGAAAGAGGCCACGGAGCCUGGCAAGGAACAGAGCCCGACAAAAACACCUACCAUUUCUCCUGUCAUCACAGCACCUCCUUCCUCCCCCGUCUCCGAUAGCAGUGACAUCCGCAAAGAGCCGAUGAACAUCUACAACCUCAAUGCCAUAAUAAGGGACCAAAUCAAGCACUUGCAGAAGGCUGUCGAUCGGUCGCUGCAGCUGUCACGCCAGCGUGCUGCAGCUCGGGAGCUGGCGCCCAUGAUCGACAAAGACAAGGAGGCCUUAAUGGAAGAGAUACUGAAACUGAAAUCACUCCUGAGUACGAAGCGGGAGCAGAUCGCUACCCUGAGAGCAGUGCUGAAAGCCAAUAAGCAGACAGCUGAAGUGGCACUAGCCAAUUUGAAGAAUAAAUACGAAAAUGAAAAAGCAAUGGUGACUGAAACCAUGACCAAACUACGGAAUGAAUUAAAGGCUUUGAAGGAAGAUGCAGCAACCUUCUCAUCCUUGAGAGCAAUGUUUGCAACCAGGUAA